UAAAUCGAUCUCGGCAGUUUUCGAGGGUUUUCGUCUCCUCCGUAUUCAUCGUCAUCGUCUUCAUCACUCCCUCUGUAAUAUCAAAUAUCUGGAUUUUAUUCAGCUUCAGAUAAUCUCAAUCGAUCGAAGGAUUCUUUUAUUAGAAUCCCUGUUUGUGUGUGUAUAUAUGCACAAAAAUAUAUAUACACAUACAGAUACAGCAGAUGAAUGUGGAGCUGGCUUCGAACACCCAUGGGAAUCUGGACGAGCAGAUUUCACAGCUCAUGGAGUGCAAACCCUUAACCGAACCUGAGGUUAGGACAUUAUGUGAGAAGGCGAAAGAGAUACUAAUGGAUGAAAGCAACGUUCAGCCUGUAAGAAGCCCUGUUACUAUCUGUGGUGACAUUCAUGGACAAUUCCAUGAUCUUGCUGAACUUUUUCGUAUUGGAGGAAAGUGUCCAGAUACAAAUUACUUGUUUAUGGGUGAUUAUGUGGAUCGAGGGUAUUAUUCUGUUGAAACUGUCACUCUCUUGGUGGCUCUGAAAGUAAGGUACCCUCAAAGAAUUACAAUUUUAAGAGGGAAUCAUGAAAGUCGACAGAUUACUCAAGUCUAUGGGUUUUAUGAUGAAUGCCUUCGAAAGUAUGGCAAUGCAAAUGUUUGGAAAACAUUUACUGAUCUUUUCGAUUAUUUCCCACUCACUGCAUUGGUUGAAUCAGAGAUAUUUUGUCUUCAUGGAGGAUUAUCACCUUCUAUUGAAACUCUUGAUAGUAUAAGAAAUUUUGAUCGUGUUCAAGAGGUCCCACAUGAAGGUCCAAAUGUGUGACCUUCUUUGGUCUGACCCUGAUGACCGUUGUGGGUGGGGCAUUUCACCUCGUGGGGCCGGUUACACUUUUGGCCAGGAUAUUUCAGAGCAAUUUAACCACACCAACAACCUAAAGCUUAUUGCUCGAGCCCAUCAACUGGUGAUGGAGGGAUUCAACUGGGGACAUGAUCAAAAGGUGGUUACUAUCUUUAGUGCACCAAAUUAUUGUUACAGAUGUGGGAAUAUGGCUUCUAUCUUGGAGGUUGAUGAUUGCAAGGGUCACACAUUUAUCCAGUUUGAACCUGCUCCUAGGAGAGGGGAACCUGAUGUAACCAGAAGGACACCCGAUUACUUCCUUUAAACUCAACUCACUAAUGCUCCAUACUCUUGGAAUGGAAUGGUUGGGGGUAUAAUGGUCUUUUGCUACAGUGGCAUUAUCUAAAGGUGUUGAUUCAUAUGAUAGAAACUAGAAAGUGGUUGGUUGUGGUUCUGUAGUUGUACAUCAGACAUGUUUUGUCAUUCCAACAUUCUAACCUAGGAUUAUGCCACUGUCUGAGGAUGUGAUGUAAUCUAUAUGAUUAUUUUUUUAGGUUUUUUUUUUGUGUGUGUGUAUGUAUAUCGAAUCGGCCUUGUUUUGUGUUCUCUUUGCAUUUUUUUUUCUUUAAAAAAUUUGUAUGGGCUCUAAUGCUUUAAAGAUGGUAAUGUGCGUGAACAAAGGCUUUUUAGGUGUAUAAUUUAAUGAUGAUUGGGGAGGGGUAUUCAAUGUCAUUUGCACAGAUGAAUGUCACUGUACCCCAACAAACUAUUGAGUUUUGGUUUAAAAGGAUGGGAGGUUGAUGUUCGAUGGUGGGGCUGUAAUUGCUAAAUUAAAAACAGGUGAGGGGGUAUUGACGGUGGUUGCUGGAUAUAAGGAUGAAGAUGGGCCUCGAAGGUAUUUGAUGGUGGCUGGAGUGGAAGAAUAAGGGAGGUAUUUUGGUGGGUAUGAAGGCUGUUGGGAGAGAGUUGGUGUUGGUCAGAGGUAUAAGGUGGCGGAUGGUGGUGGUAUUAGUGAUGUUUUGGUGCUUGAUGGUCGCUGAUAUGGUGGAUAUAAGGGUGGAGAAGGGUUGACUGUUAUUAAGGAAUAAGGUUGGUUUGUGGUAGUAGAAGGUGGUAUGGGGUCAAGGGUGGAAGAAUGGCGGUGGUUGGAAAUUCAUGGUUGAAGUCAACAAAACUUUUACAUUUAAUUCAUGGUUGUAACCGGUAAAACCGGACAAAAAUACGUUGUUCGUACAAUUAACAGAUCACAUAUAAGUUUAAUGACCUAGACUACCA